AUGGGCCCUCAAUUUCUCAAAGGCAAAACGGCUAUCGUUACUGGUGCAGGAAAGCCCAAUGGCAUCGGAGCAGCAUCUGCAAUGGCACUUGCUGAACAAGGCGCCAAUGUCCUCAUUCACUACAACAGCUCUGCUGCCAAAGCAGAAGAGGUGGUAGCCCAAAUUAAGAGCUUGGGUGUCCGGGCUGCCGCGGUCAGCGCCGAUGCGUCCUCAGCAGAGUUCGGAAGAGUACUCGUGGAUGCGGCUCUCACGUCAUUCGCGACCGACACGAUUGACAUUAUAAUCAACAAUGCCGGAUCAGCUGCUCUCAACGCCGAAGGAAUCAAGUCUGUCAAAUUCGAGGAUUGGGACAACAUCCUCCACGUCAACGUCCGUGGUCCGUUUAUGCUCAUACAAGCCGCCCUUCCCUACAUGAGAGCAGGUGGGCGUAUCAUCAACAUUGGUAGCGUUAUUGCUCGACUGGGAUCACUGAUGUUGCCAGUAUACGGCGCGUCAAAGGGCGCACUCAAUGCCAUGACGAUUGCCAUGUCCGAAGAAUUGGGUCCUCAGGGCAUUACUAUUAAUGUCGUGGCACCAGGCCCCAUCGCGACGGAUCUGUCGCUAGAAGGUUCGCCCAUCGCAACUAGGUUGAGGAAUAAUCAGCAUAUCAAGAGAGAGGGUACCAUCUGGGAAGUGGCCGAAACGGUUUUGUUCAUGGCAAGUCCAGGAGCCAGCUACAUUACCGGACAACUUAUUGGUGUUGACGGGGGAAUUGGCUUCCCUUGA